CUCCUCUUCUCUCACAUGAUCCCUCUCUCUGAAGUCGCUCACAAAUAACGGGUAUGAUGAGGAGCCACAUGAGACCCGGUUCAGCCAUGCGGUUCUUCGCGCUGCUUGUCAUCUUUGCAACAUUUACGAGCCACAUCUGUGCUCAAAUACAUUGGACGCAAGAAAAGCUGUACCACACAGCAAACACUCUGAGUUCUGAUGAUCUGAUAAAUGUUCUGGCUCAAACAGACAUUGACCGCAUGUGGAAGAAUGACCUGAAGCCCAUGUUGGUGGUACGCUAUCCUGGCUCUCCUGGAAGCCAAGCAGUGCAACAGCGAAUAAAAUCUACCCUGAGCUCACUGAAUGCAGGCUGGGAAGUGACUGAGGAUCGCUUCCAAAACUGGACUCCUUAUGGCCAGAUGCCUUUCAAUAACAUAAUCGCUACUCUCAACCCUGGUUCUAAGCGACGCAUAGUGCUGGCUUGUCACUACGACUCAAAAUAUUUCCCUCCUCAGUGGCAUGGACGUGAGUUUCUGGGAGCAACUGAUUCAGCUGUGCCCUGCUCCAUGCUGUUAGAGAUGGCCAGGGCAUUGGAUAAGGAGCUACAGACACUUAAGGAAGCAGGUUCAGACUUGACUCUACAGCUGAUUUUCUUUGAUGGAGAGGAGGCUCUGUAUCAGUGGACCUCUACUGAUUCUCUGUACGGUUCCCGACAUCUGGCAGCCAAAAUGGAGAACACGGCACACCCAGUGGGAGCCACAGACACCAACCAGCUGGAUGGCAUUGAUCUCUUUGUUCUGUUGGACUUGAUCGGUGGUCCCAUGCCUCACUUCGGUAAUCAGUUCUCCAACACUGCCAGGUGGCUCUCCAAGCUCCAGAAUAUUGAGCGCCGCCUGCACACACUGGGCCAGCUGGAGGACCAUCCUAAUGAAGUGCAGUACUUCUGGCCUGGCAUGCCUGUGGGUCCUGUGCAGGAUGACCACAUGCCCUUCCUUAGCAAAGGGGUCCGGGUUCUUCAUCUCAUCCCCACCCCAUUUCCCUCUGUGUGGCACACUUUUGAUGACAAUGAGGAGAACUUGGAUCGAGCUACCAUCAAGAACCUCAACAAGAUUUUGCAGGUCUUUGUUCUUGAGUACCUCAACAUGAAAAGCCAGAAUCCACUUACGACGGCACCAUAAUAUUCUUUUAUAUCAUUUCUAAUAAGGAACACCUCAACAAAGCCCUUAUGAAGUCUACCACAAAGCACUAGAUUAUUUAGUGUUCUAGACACCAUGGUGUUAGAAUUGGGCUUAUCUUGGUUAAAUUGUGUAUUUUUGCUUAUUGCUUUAUAACUGUAUAUUGUACACCACAGGACCAAAUAUGAUAACUGAGAUAAUUUUAGCAUCAGUAUAAUCACUAUAUUUGUAUGCUUUUAUGACAUUCUGAUUGGUGUUCUAAGAGAUUUCUCAAUCUGUUAUAAAUAUUGCUGUUCUAAGGCAUUAGAAAGAAUGUUUUCAGUUUUUGAAUGGUUUCAGUUUCAAUCAAAUCAAUUAUAUUAGAUUUGAAGAUGUAUGUACCUCAAAAUACAUUCAAAAAGCUCAUGAUCAUGUGGGCUCUUUUGAAUGUUUAUAUACUGUAUGUGCCAUAAAGAAACAACCAUUUAUA